AUGAAGCUCCUGGCACUCCUUGUGUUGCUUGGUGUUUCAACUAUCCUAGUCUCUUGCCAGGAAACGGAGACAGACAGUGCUGACACUUCUGAAACUGCUGGUUCUACUGAUGAAGGAAGUGAAACUCAGGCAGAUACUACUGGUGAAGAGCAAGAUAAUGAAUCAAGUGAGGAAGCUAGUGAGGACACCAACACUGAUGCUGAGGCCUCUGAGGAGGACAACGAGGAAGAGUCAGAGGAUGUGACCUCUGAUGAGGAAGAAGAUGACAAAGAAGAGGAUGCAGAGGAUGAAGAGGAUGAUGAGGAAGAACAAGAGGAUGGUGGUGAUAAAUCCGCUUUACAAAAGAUUAUUGGAGCAUUGGCAAAGUUAGCUCUGCGUGGAUGAAUUUGCACUUUCUACUAUUGAUCUUUCCAGACCAGACUAGAACAUCCUCGAUUUGAUUUCCUUCAAUUAUUUACCCCAACUAUUCUCUCUCCCUCAUCUCUAAAUUUUAUCUUUUAUCAAAUAAAUGAUAGUCAUGAGCAGCA